AUGAAGACCGACACACCCUCCGAAGACACCCCCGGCAAAGAUAAGUCAAAAACGAAAGAAGAUAAUGGUGUCAAAACAGAUGACGAAAAGGAUAAAAAGGACGAGGUCGAAGAAUUGUCAGAAGAAGACCUCCAGUUGAAAAACGAAUUGGAAAUGUUGGUCGAAAGAUUGAAGGAAGGAAAUGUUGACCUUCACAAACCGGCAUUGGAGAGCCUUCGGACCUUGAUUCGAACGUCCACCAGUUCCAUGACCUCUGUUCCGAAGCCACUAAAGUUCCUGAGACCGCACUACACCGUCAUGACCGAGGUCUAUGAAAACUGGUCGCCAUCCGAUAACAAGUUAUUCUUGGCUGACAUCCUAUCCGUCCUGGCGAUGACCUAUGAUGAGGGAAAGCGAGAUUCCUUGAAGUUUCGACUUCGUGGAUCACGUGAGGAUCCCGGGUCAUGGGGUCACGAGUAUGUCAGGCAUCUUUCUACUGAGAUUGGACAGGAGUAUCUCUAUCGUCAGGAAAAUGAGAUGAGUUCCGAUGAUCUCAUGGCGCUUGGAUUGGAGAUCGUCCCAUUCUUUUUGAAACAUAACGCCGAGGCCGAUGCCGUCGAUUUGUUACUCGAGUUAGAAGCAAUCGAUAAACUACCGCAGUUCGUGGACAAGGACACUUAUGCACGUGUUUGCCUGUACAUGGUCAGUUGUGUGAAUUUAUUGGUGCCCCCCGAUGACAUUGCUUUUUUGCGCACGGCCCACGAAAUUUAUCGACAACAAAACAAGUUUACCGAGGCUGUGACAUUAGCGAUACGUCUCGGUGAUCAGGAUUUAAUUGGAGAGGACUUUAAUGCGGCCGGCGAGCUGGACGUACUCUUGCAAAAGCAACUUGCUUUUCAACUGGCACGACAGCGAAUAUCUUUGCCCAUCGAGGACGAGGAAAUUCAAGAAAUAUUGAAUAACACCAAUCUGACCAAGCAUUUUAUCGCUCUUGCUAAAGAGCUGGACGUCCUUGAACCCAAGGUUCCCGAAGAUAUUUACAAAAGUCACUUGGAAAACAUUCGACCCGGAUUCACUAGCGGCAGUAUUGAUUCCUCACGUCAAAAUCUUGCAUCCACAUUCGUGAAUGCCUUUGUUAAUGCCGGAUUUAUAAAUGACAAGUUAAUAUCAGUUGAGGAAGGGAGUGAAUGGAUUCAUAAGAAUAAGGAUUACGGCAUGCUGAGUGCGACCGCAUCAAUCGGCAUGAUCAUGUUAUGGGAUCUAGAUAGUCUUUCGCAACCCGAUAAAUACCUAUAUUCGAAGGAUGACAAUAUCAAGGCUGGCGCGCUUCUUGCCGUCGGGCUUAUGAAUACCGGUGUUCGAAAUGAAGAUGACCCGGCCCUCGCGUUACUUUCGGACUACAUUACCGACAAACAAUCGAUCACGAGAAUUUGCGCCAUAGUUGGCCUAGGUUUAGCAUACGCUGGGUCCAAUCGAGUGGAUAUUCAGGAAUUAUUGCUUCCGCUUGUUAGUGAUAUCGAUUUAAACAUGGAUAUAGCCUCGCUUGCGGCGUUAUCCUUGGGAAUGAUCUUUGUUGGAAGUUGCAACGGAGAUAUUACAAGCACAAUACUACAGACAAUGAUGGAACGGACUGAAGGCCAAUUGAAGGAGACAUGGGGCAGGUUUAUGGGAUUGGGCUUGGCCCUGCUUUACCUUGGAAAGCAGGAAAACGCGGAGGCAACCCUGGAAACCUUAAAAGCCAUUGAUCAUCCCAUCAGCAAGCAAGUGGGUGUCUUGGUAGAAAUUUGUUCGUACGCAGGAACCGGGAACGUGCUCAAAAUACAGAACAUGUUGCACAUCUGCAACGACCAUCUAGAUAAGGAAAAGGAAGAUGAUUUACAUCAGGCAUUUGCUGUUCUGGGGGUGGCACUGAUAGCCACCGGUGAAGACAUUGGCGCCGAAAUGUCAUUAAGAACGUUCAACCACUUGGCUGUUCCUUUAGCGCUAGGUCUGCUUUGUGCCUCUAACCCGAUUCUGAGCGUCUUAGAGACACUCAGCAAGUAUUCUCACGACAACGACCCGGAUGUCGCGAUCAAUGCGAUAUUUGCCAUGGGUCUUGUCGGAGCCGGCACAAAUAACGCAAGAAUGGCCCAGUUAUUAAGGCAGUUGGCUUCAUAUUAUCACAAGGAGCCUAAUUGCUUAUUCAUGGUCCGAAUUGCACAGGGAUUACUACACAUGGGUAAAGGUACGAUAUCAAUAAACCCCUAUUAUUCCGACCGACAAUUGAUGUCACCAGUCGCGAUGGCCGGACUCUUGACCACCCUUGUUGCCUUCACCGAUACCAAGACACUUAUACUGGGAAAAUAUCACUGGUUCUUAUAUUAUCUGGCCGCUGCAAUGUAUCCCAGAUUUUUGAUCACCCUUGACGAGAGCCUGAAGAGUUUGCCCGUUACCGUGCGCGUGGGACAGGCGGUCGAUGUUGUUGGGCAGGCAGGGCGACCAAAAACGAUCACAGGGUUCCAAACGCAUUCAACACCAGUAUUGCUAGCGCAUUCUGAACGCGCAGAGUUGGCUACUGAAGAGUUUGUUGCCAUGAGGGAAUUACCACAGAAAGAAUCUGCUCUUUUUAAACAGAUUCUCAAAUACUAUGAAUUCAAACAAUAUAAAAAAGGGUUGAAGGCCGCCGAGCAAAUACUCAAAAAAUUCCCUCAGCACGGUGGUACUUAUUUCAUUGUAACGGCCUGA